AUGUUCCAUGAAGGCAAUACAGAGAGCAAGGUGGAUCACCAGAAUCUCUACUGGAGCCAUCUGAGGAAAUCUGGCCAGGGUUCUGAUGGUCGCCACAUCUGCUCAAACCGGCCCAGAAAAAUGUGCUUCAGUAUGUGUUGCCAGUGUUUCUGUCAGUAUGGGAAAGAUAUAGGCAUCAUUAAGGUGGAUUAG